AUGGAUCUCCGCGUCGGUGGCAAGUACCGCAUCGGCAAGAAGAUUGGCAGCGGAUCGUUCGGUGCGCUCUACUCAUGCAGGUGGUUCAGGUGCGACAUCUACCUCGGCGUCAACAUCAUCUCGGGCGAGGAGGUCGCGAUCAAGCUCGAGUCGGUCAAGGCCAAGCACCCGCAGCUCGAGUACGAGGCCAAGGUGUACAAGACGCUCGCUGGCGGCGUCGGCGUGCCGUUCGUCCGGUGGUUCGGCGUCGAGUGCGACUACAACGCCAUGGUGCUCGACCUCCUCGGCCCGUCGCUCGAGGACCUGUUCAACUUCUGCAACCGCAAGUUCAGCCUCAAGACGACCCUUCUUCUCGCCGACCAGCUCAUCUCGCGCAUCGAGUACAUCCACUCGCGCAACUUUAUCCACCGCGACAUCAAGCCCGACAACUUCCUCAUGGGCAUCGGCAAGCGCGGCAACCAGGUCAACGUGAUCGACUUUGGCCUCGCCAAGAAGUACCGCGACCCCAAGACGCACCUGCACAUCCCGUACCGCGAGAACAAGAACCUGACGGGCACGGCGCGGUACACGUCGAUCAACACGCACCUCGGCGUCGAGCAGUCGCGCCGCGACGACAUGGAGUCGCUCGGCUACGUCCUCAUGUACUUCCUGCGCGGCUCGCUCCCGUGGCAGGGCCUCAAGGCGGCGACCAAGAAGCAGAAGUACGACCGCAUCAUGGAGAAGAAGAUGACGACCCCGACCGAGUACCUGUGCCGCGGCUUCCCCAACGAGUUCGCCAUCUACCUCAACUACUGCCGGUCGCUCCGGUUCGACGACAAGCCCGACUACUCGUACCUCCGCAAGCUGUUCCGCGACCUGUUUGUCCGCGAGGGCCUCCAGUACGACUACGUGUUCGACUGGUCGGUCCAGCAGCGCGUCGACGAGGUCCAGAAGCAGCAGCAGCAGGCCGAGCAGCUCAAGCAGCAGCAGCAGGCGUCGCAGCAGCAGCAGCAGCAGCAGGGCGGCGUCGCCCCGGCCCAGGGCUCGCAGCAGCAGGCGCAGCAGCCCAAGCGCCGCGUCCUCCAGCCGGGCGAGGCCGAGGCCGCCGCCGCCGUCCCGCAGAGCGACCAGCGCAUGCUCCGCUCGCAGACGCGCAACGCCCAGCAGGACUCGCGCAUGCGCGCCGGCGGCGAGUGGUACUGA